AAACGGCAGGGCAUCAUGCUUCUCACUCUCCUGUUGUUGCCAGUUGCCACUGGCUUCACUCUGAAGCCAACCCAAACCAUGGCCUUCACCUCCAAAUGUGCUGCUCUUUCUCAUUUUUUCCUCCUUCUUUUCUUCCUAUUGUCCACUGGCCCAAUUUUUCCGGUGAUCAGUUUUCCAGUCGGUGUGAAUUAUGGCCAAAUCGCUAAUGACCUUCCUUCUCCAUCAGAUGUAGCCAAACUCCUCCAGUCAAUCGGUAUUAACAAAGUGAAGCUUUAUGACGCAGAUCCUAGAGUUCUUCACGCAUUCGCAAACACACACAUUGAGUUCAUUAUCGGCUUAGACAACGAAUUCCUGCCAAAAAUGACAAAUCAAGCUAAAUCUUUAGCCUGGGUUAAAGAUAACGUCCAAGCUUACUUUCCUUCAACUAAAAUCACUUGCAUAACGGUUGGAAACGAGAUUUUAACGGGGAAUGACAGUGUCUUAAUGGCGAACCUCCUCCCUGCUAUGCAAAGCGUCCAUCAAGCUCUGCAAACCCUAGGUCUCGACAAACAGGUCACGAUCUCGACCGCUCAUUCCUUGGCCAUUUUAGCAUCAUCUUACCCUCCCUCUAAUGGAGCUUUCAGAGAAGAUCUCUCUGAAUUCAUAACCCCAUUGCUUGAUUUUCACUCGAAGACCAGAUCGCCAUUUUUGAUCAAUGCUUACCCUUACUUCGCCUACAAAGCUAACCCUAAACAAGUCCCUUUAGAAUACGUUUUAUUUGAAGAAAACCAGGGCAUGAAGGACCCAGGCUCUGGCCUCCAUUACGAUAACAUGCUCUUUGCUCAGAUUGACGCAGCGAGAUCAGCCAUGGCGAGACUCGGACACGGGAGUGUCGAAUUGAAGGUGUCGGAGACGGGAUGGCCAUCCAAGGGCGACACCGAUGAAGCUGGAGCCACGCCUGAUAACGCCCGUCAUUAUAACGGGAAUUUGUUUCAACUCUUGGCCAAGGGGAAGGGCACGCCUUUGAAGCCCAAUAACGCGCCAGAUGUUUACGUUUUUGCGUUAUUUAAUGAGAACAUGAAGCCCGGUCCCGGAUCUGAGAGGAAUUACGGCCUGUUUAAGCCAGAUGGGACGCCGGCUUAUGACCUCGGCCUAGGAUCGAGGGCCGAUCCGAACCUAGGAGAUGCGGCUCCUCCGCUCCGAGGAGAUGGAGCCGAUCAUACCUCAAGUUCUUCCACAUCCACGGCGUCGUUCACCAUUUCAUCGGCAAAGGGCUUGCUUGUGGAUAUGGACGCGGUAUGCCUGCAAAUAUUGAUAGGGACAUUGAUGCUCUUGAUCUGGAGGAAGCAUUUGUAACGCCUCUCUCUCUCUUUCGUUAGAAGCCAUGGAAGGAGCUCGCAAGAUUUUGCCACGAGGGUGAAGGAAGUAAAAAUUGCAGACGAACAGGAUUUGAUUGUUUCCAAUUUAUAAAGAUUUGUUUAGAGGGUAAUGAUUAUGGACGCCAACAUAUUAAUUAGAGGCCCAUUUUUGUAGCGGUGACCUCAAAAUUAUUAUGAGGUUUGAUUCCCACUUUUCACUAUAA